GACGCCCUGUCGCUCAGCAGCAGCCUGGACAGCGGGCUCCGAACCCCCCAGUGCCGAAUCUGCUUCCAAGGCCCGGAGCAGGGGGAGCUCCUGAGCCCCUGCCGCUGCGACGGCUCAGUGCGCUGCACGCACCAGCCCUGCCUCAUUCGCUGGAUCAGCGAGAGGGGCUCCUGGAGCUGUGAGCUCUGCUACUUCAAGUACCAGGUCCUGGCGAUCAGCACCAAGAACCCACUGCAGUGGCAGGCCAUCUCCCUGACGGUCAUCGAGAAGGUCCAGAUUGCUGCCAUAGUGCUAGGCUCUCUCUUCCUCGUCGCCAGCAUCUCCUGGCUCAUCUGGUCGUCACUCAGCCCUUCAGCCAAGUGGCAACGGCAGGAUCUGCUCUUUCAGAUCUGCUACGGCAUGUACGGCUUCAUGGAUGUUGUCUGCAUAGGCCUCAUCGUCCACGAAGGCUCCUCUGUCUACCGUAUCUUCAAGCGCUGGCAGGCAGUGAACCAGCAGUGGAAGGUCCUGAAUUAUGACAAAACCAAGGACAUAGGAGGAGAUGCAGGGGGAGGGACGGCAGGGAAGCCGGGCCCCAGGACCUCACGGACGGGCCCCCCCUCUGGGGCCACCAACCGCCCCCUGGCUGCCCAGCGCAUGCGGACGCUCUUGCCUCAGCGCUGUGGUUAUACAAUCCUGCACCUCCUUGGACAGCUGCGGCCACCAGAUGCCCGUUCCAGUUCCCAUUCUGGCCGUGAAGUUGUGAUGAGGGUCACCACAGUCUGAACUGGACUCCAGGAGCAGGGAUCUUGAGUCAAUGCAUCGGCCAGAGAUGAGCUGUCAUGGCUGCUGGAGGUACCACCUGGACAAGGUGUUUGGGGCACACUGCCCCUACCACUGAGGAUCUCUGUGGGCAGCCUCGAGCUGGAGACAUUGUCUGGCCUCUACUGCUUGCUGGGUAGAGACACCUGGAUGACCUUCCAGCCCCCACUGACAGCUCCUCACACUCAUCCUGGGGCAGCCAGUGGGCAGGUGGGGAGAACAGCUCUUCUUCCCUAGAGAACCGUCCUUACCUCAGCUCCUAGGGCCUCCAGCCCCCCAGCUCCACCAUGGUGACUUGGUGAAGGGGGACCAAUGCCAGAAGAAAGGGGCUGUAGACCCCCCAUUCCCCACCCCCAUGGCCACAGGGCAGCUGGCAAUAAGACUAGUAUACAUUGACCUCCCGUUCCCUGCAUGAGGGCGGGGGGGGACUUCCCCCUGCUCCGCCCCCCAUUGCAUGGGGGGAGGGCAUAAAGAAUCAUUUAUAUGCACGUGGAGACUCCUUUCUCAUCUGGGGAUUUUCUGGAGGGUUGGGAGGUGUGGGGAGGUUUGUCUGCAGAAGUUGCAAAUCCCAAACGCAGCAGUGGGUUCUGAGUUGGAGGUGAACUCCUACUCGCUGGUGAAUAAUUCACACUGGCUGCUAGGUGGCAGUGCUCAGAGGUAUCUAAGGGGUGGACCUGCCACCUGCAAGUUGUGUGAUUUUAAAAAAACCUCUCCACCGUGGUUUUCCUGCCUACCUCAUAGGGUUGGAAUAAGGAUAAAUGAGGGACAGGUUGAAUGCCAUUGCAAAGAAAAUUAGUGAUGGCAUAAAAAGACUUCUAGAUUAGUUGAUGGUCCAUUUAUUUCAAAUAGUAGCUGGUUAACAAAUUCUAAAAUGUGUUUUUCAUCUGGAGUUGCACAAAGCCUUGGAAAUUCGUGUUGAGUGUCAUAAUAGAUAUGGAAAUUUGGAGGGAAAUGCAGAUGUGAAGGAUGGUGGUUAUCUGCAAGAAUGAGAGCUCUUCCAACCCCCUGAACACUAGGGGCUAGGGGAAGCUGGAGCUAUCCUUCUCGCUCUGGGGAUUGUGUGGGUGCUAUUAGUCCUUCCCAGGUAAUGUGCUCACCCAGAGAAGUGGUGUGAAGUGAACUUGGACUCGUUUGGAGUGAAAUGGACAGAAUCCGCCAAUGUUAUGAGUCUCCAACCCCAGUUUAAACCACUCCUAUGGCAGUUCAGGGCCACAGCUCUGAUCCUGCUGUGCCCCAGCUGAUGGCAUCAACUGGAAGGUGUUGUCCUUGGAGGCAGCAGUGUAGUUAUUUAGAGGAAAGGUUUGGGAAGGACUGGUUAAAAUGUGGGUCAGCCUGAAGCCUGGUCCCUUUCUCCUGAGGCCUUGGGGCUGUGUAUUAUAUGAAUGAUGGUGUCUUUUAAGUGAACUGUUCAUCAGCAAUUAAAAUAAUUACUUCAUACAUUGCUAAAGUCA